AUGAAAGAUGAUGUCGUUCAUUUAAAUGUUCCGGUGAUCCGGCAACUCUACCAUUGGGACUGCGGACUCGCCUGUUCGAGAAUGGUUUUGAAGUAUCUGCAUCCAGUGACUGAAGAGGAGUUUCAGAGUGCCUGCUUGGAGCUAAAACUGACAGAGAGCGUGUGGACAAUCGACCUGGCUUAUCUCAUGUGUCAACUAGGAGUCAAGCAUCGCUUCUGCACACAAACGCUAGGAGUUGACAAGGGCUUUAAAAAUCAAUCUUUCUAUAAAAAGCAUUUUGACACUGAGGAGGAUCGAGUGAAUGAGCUGUUUUUGAAGGCUGAAAGCAAAGGCGUCGUGGUGAACAAAUGCUCCGUAACCAUCCAGGAGAUCCAGGCCCAUUUGGACCAAGGCCACGUGGCCAUUGUUUUAGUCAAUGCUGUGGUGCUGGUGUGUCAGGACUGCUCCACACCAGUGAAGUACUGCUGCUUUCUCCCCGUGGGUCAGAAGUGCUUCUGCCGAAAGCCAGAGUAUCAAGGCCAUUUUGUGGUGGUGUGCGGUUUCAACCGCAGCACGGGCUGCAUCUUCUACAAUAAUCCCGCCUACUCUGAUCGUGUGUGUUGCACAAGCAUCAGCAAUUUUGAAGAGGCCAGAAUGAGCUACGGCACAGACGAGGACAUACUGUUCAUCUACAAAGAGAGCUGA